GAGGCGCGCAAGGCGGGAGGGCGCGGAGCUGCGGCUACUCCCGCGCCGCCGAGAGGGAGGGGCCGACUGCCAGCCCGGCUCGCCACCGCUCGCCGCGGCUCAGUGUCCUCGCGAGCCCAGCUCGGACCGGCGAAGGCAAGGGCCAGCGCGAGCCCGGGCCCUGGCCGCUGGAGGCGGAGGCCCGCGGAGGCGCGGCCCGAGCGACCCGGCGUGAGAGCCUCGCUCACCGGUGCGGCUUACAUGGUGAAAGGUUGUAGAAGUACCCCACAAGCACCACUAACUGGGAAGCAGGAAACAGCAUGACAGAGCCAUCUGGCCAAGUCUGAAAGGUGAAGACCACUGUAUCCACCAGAAGAGCCGGGAUGGAUCUGCACCAAAGCACCACAGCUAGGCUCCUGGAGAAAUGGUGUUCCCGUGAGUCACCAACUGGCUGCAGGAGACAUUAUAAUGCCAGGAAAAAACUGAAGCUAAUUCGUGUCAUUGGUCUUGUCAUGGGCCUGGUGGCUGUGAGCACUGUCCCAUUUUCAAUCAGUGCCUUUACUGACACAGACUCUCGGAGCCACAGAGGAGAAGCCAGUGAAGUGGGUGGCCCCAGAGCAGCACCGGGUCACCGCCAAAGAACUCUCCUAGACCUAAAUGACAAGAUCCGCGAUUACACCCCACAGCCACCUGCUUCUCAGGAAGACCAAGCCGAGAACAGCACUGAGCAUGCCCAGGGAGACUACCCGAAGGACAUCUUUUCCCUGGAGGAGCGAAGGAAAGGUGCCAUCAUUCUCCACGUCAUUGGCAUGAUCUACAUGUUCAUAGCCUUAGCCAUCGUCUGCGAUGAGUUCUUUGUCCCUUCUUUGACUGUCAUCACUGAAAAACUGGGCAUCUCUGAUGACGUGGCUGGAGCCACCUUCAUGGCUGCAGGCGGGUCAGCCCCAGAACUCUUCACGUCUCUCAUAGGGGUCUUCAUUGCUCACAGCAAUGUCGGCAUAGGCACCAUCGUAGGUUCCGCAGUGUUCAAUAUCCUCUUUGUUAUUGGCAUGUGUGCUCUGUUUUCUAGAGAAAUCUUAAACCUGACAUGGUGGCCGCUCUUUCGGGAUGUGUCCUUCUACAUCGUUGACUUGAUCAUGUUGAUCAUAUUUUUCCUGGAUAACGUUAUCAUGUGGUGGGAGAGCUUACUCCUCUUAACAGCUUAUUUUGCCUAUGUGGUUUUCAUGAAGUUCAACGUCCAAGUAGAAAGAUGGGCGAAGCAAAUGAUAAAUCGCAAUAAAGUUGUCAAGGUGACAGUACCAGAAGCCCAAGCAAAGUCGUCUACAGCAGGAGACAAGGAAGAACCAUCUUUACCGGCUAAGCCGCGCCUCCAGCGAGGUGGGAGCUCCGCCUCCCUCCACAACAGUCUCAUGAGGAAUAGCAUCUUCCAGCUCAUGAUACACACCCUUGAUCCACUGGCAGAAGAACUUGGAUCAUAUGGAAAACUAAAAUAUUAUGACACAAUGACUGAAGAAGGGAGGUUCAGAGAAAAAGCUUCAAUCCUCCACAAGAUCGCCAAGAAGAAAUGCCAAGUGGAUGAGAAUGAGAGGCAGAAUGGGGCUGCCAAUCACGUGGAAAAAAUUGAGCUCCCCAACAGCACGAGCACAGAGGUCGAAAUGACACCAUCGAGUGAAGCUUCAGAACCUGUGCAGAAUGGAAACCUCUCCCACAGCAUCGAAGCUGCAGAUGCCCCGCAGGCCACAGAGACUGCUGAGGAAGAGGAUGACCAGCCCCUCAGCCUGUCCUGGCCAUCCAACACCCGCAAGCAGGUCACAUUCCUGAUUGUUCUGCCCAUCGUCCUCCCUCUCUGGAUCACCUUACCGGAUGUCCGCAAACCUGCUUCCAGGAAGUUCUUCCCUAUCACAUUCUUUGGCUCCAUCACUUGGAUUGCAGUUUUCUCUUACCUGAUGGUUUGGUGGGCGCACCAGGUUGGAGAGACAAUCGGCAUUAGUGAGGAGAUCAUGGGUCUGACCAUCUUGGCUGCCGGGACCUCUAUCCCUGAUCUUAUCACCAGUGUCAUAGUGGCCCGGAAGGGCCUGGGGGACAUGGCUGUGUCCAGCUCUGUUGGAAGCAACAUCUUUGACAUCACUGUGGGGCUCCCACUGCCCUGGCUCCUCUACACCGUCAUCCACAGAUUCAAGCCAGUGACUGUCAGUAGCAACGGCCUCUUCUGCGCCAUCGUCCUCCUCUUCAUCAUGUUGCUUUUCGUCAUCCUCUCCAUCGCCCUCUGCAAAUGGCGGAUGAACAAAAUCCUCGGCUUCAUCAUGUUCGGCCUCUACUUCGUGUUCUUGGUGGUCAGCGUCCUCCUGGAAGACAGAGUUCUCGAGUGCCCUGUCUCCAUCUAAUGGAAAAGCCAUAUCUUAAACCAACAGCAUGGAUGGUCCCUCCCGGUUCUGGGCUCCAGGCUCCUUGCAGUCUUGAGAAGAGACAGCUUGUACACAGCCCUGGGAGGCAAGUGUCCCUCCUUGGAGGGUUGGAGGAAGGAUGGAUUCUCAUGGGGCCAUUCACUUCCAGGCGCCUCACCCUUGCCUGCUGAAAUGACUCCAUGUAAGAGACAAAGAGAACCGUCUCUCCAUCACCACUGACAGGUACUCCUCGCUGGUCGGAGGUACGUUCAUUGUGAUGACGCAAAAGAGGACAGAGGCUAUACAUACAUAUAAAUAUUAUAAAUAUAUACACAUGAGCAUACAAAUCCUGCCUGUUUCUGUACUAUACCUCUCUUGCUAUACCUAUAGAUUAAUAUAUAACUGUACACAAUGGAAAGAAAAAUUAUAUAUAAAAAAACAUAUAUAUUUAAGUGCAAAUGCAUCUUUUCAGGGAUAGCUCUAGCAUAUUUAUAGUACCUAUUUAAAGAGGGGCAUCAACCUCCAACCUUCAGUUUGUGCUUUGCCUCUCAAGUGCAAAAGGUGAAUUCACAGCGUCAGCAGGCAAAGCCCUCUUUGCUGUGAUCUCCAGCUUGCUUUGGAUGUACUGAAUUUAGUGAAACAGUUUGCAGAGAGGAGGGCUUAAUAGAGGGUGUCUGCAGGGGCCCCAGUUAUAACCUCUAAAAUACUCUUAUAAGCCAAAAAGAACCCCGUAUGUUCAUCCCCCCUGGGGUGCUCUUUGACACAUGAGAUUCUGUAAGAUAGGUAAAACUCAGACUGGGUGGCAACCAAGGGGGAGCUGGUGAGGGUUAGGCUGUUUUGUUUUGUUUCAUUUCGUUUCUUGUAAUGCCAUAGCAUGCAAGUAGAUGAUAUGAAUGAAAAACCAAAUUAGUGCUUUUCUAGGACAGCAAAAUGAUACAAACUGAGCCUAUCACAUUCCAGUGCAUGGCCCAUUAUCAUCAAAAGAACAAGGGCAAUCUUAGCCGUUAUUGUCAUUUGACGUGCUUUAAUGCGAAGGGCUCAGAUACAGUCCAAGAGAGCUGAGAUGUGUGGCGAGAAACACCGUCCCACAGAGGUGCUCAGCGGGAGCUGCCGCCUGAUGGGGGACACAAGGGCAGAGCUCCUGAGAGCAUUUCCCAGUGUGGCCACAAAGGGCUCCCUAAUGCUUACGGGGGGUUGGGGGGGAGUCUAAGAAUCGUUCCCAAUAGAUACAAACUAAUGACUGACAGUGCUCGGUUGAGGCAGUUCAGGUUUUUGGUUUUGGGUUUCAUUUUGUUCAUAAGUAUUUACCCAUUUUGGUGUGCUCCCCAGAACAGUUUCCUGUGUCAUGGAUUUGGUGAAGACCCAUGUAUCAUCUUUGCCCCUCCUCCCACCAUAACCCUGUCUGGAACUCUAAUGUUCAGAGUUCAGGGGAGACUAUCUGCCAUAGUUCCUUUACACCACUUUGAAGCAGUCACUCUGGUGUUACGGUUUACUGAUUUUCCUCAGCUUCACGCGGGAUCAUCACAUUCACCGAGUGUCCCCAAGCCCUGGCUGACAUCUUGUGUGACUUCCUAAGUUUAUUGCAGUAGAAAAUGAGACUGGUGGGCAGCAGCAGGACCAAUUAAAUUGAAAAAAAAAAAAAUACUCGGAGGUUUUCGAUUUCCCUAAACCAUGCUUUCUCCUUACAAAUCAAUUGGAAAAGUAAAUAGAGAGUGGCCCCCUGUGUGGAAAUUGGCAUGCAUCAUGCAUGAAGAAAGUCAUCACACAUUCAGGUCCUGAUCUGUCACUGUGCCUUUCCUGAUUAUUUGGUGAACAGCUUUUAACAUAGGGAGGCAGAACACAGGACUCAAAGCUGAAUUAGAAAACUGAGUAACCCAAUACCCCAGGUCAAGUUCAGCAUUCCCUCCACAAACCCUCCAUUCAUUCACAGAGCAUGGCAACAGCAGGCUAAGCCAAGCCCAUCACCUCUCUUCACUCAUAAGCAAAAGGCACUUCAGAGUGGAGGCCCCUGAGGACACAGAAAUCAAAAGGUCUGCCAUCUAAGAAACUGGCUUUUAAGUCUCCCCAACAAUGCAAAGUUGGGUUUUCAGUGAUGAAAGAGAAAUCCACACCCCACUCAUUGAGGGUUGGCCUUUGUAUGAAGCAAGCGUUUAUGCUGCUUCUGUAGAAAGAAAAAACAGGAAACCUGAGUUUUCAGUUUCAAAAUCUCAGAUCUUGUUCUGGCUUCUUGAAUGACAGCAUGAUGACUGUUGGAUAAAUUCUUAUUUCUGGUUGGUUUAUUGCUUUAAAAGGAUAGUUUUUUUUAAGCCAAUUACAAAUAGACCACAAAGUAAGGAAGGUCACAGAAUGUCUGGUCCCACCAUUACUAUUCCUUGCUCCUCUCACCUCCUCACCAAGAAGCCCAGAAGCACUCCAGGUGCCUAAGAGCUGGGAGUUCUGCUUCAUUGGGACUGUGGUGGUGUUAAAUGAAAAGUUGCUUUGAGAAGACAACAUUCCCAAAGCCAGGCCCCACCUCUAUGGUGUUCCCCAUCACUGAGAGCUGCAGGCUCCAUCCCCCGUUGGCUCUUGCUGCCUUCACUGAGGAGAGUGUGGGUUAUGUGGCCAUAUAUUGUCUUGGAAUCAUUCAGUCAUUGUUAAGCUGCUUUCUACAUGCUGGUUUCAGGUCAUCUCUAAUUUCCUUCUUGUACAUCAGUGUGGGCAAGUAUACCAGAUCUGAUGACAUACAAUAUCAAUUACAUCAUCACCCUUUUGGCUCCAUCACUUUUGGAAUUCCAAAGCAAAGAGCAUCCGUCAAAAGGAAAAGAAAACUCAGGCACAGCAACCAAAGUGAACAUUUAAGAGCAAAGGAUUUUUUUUAAUUCUAUGCAUCUAUCCACACAAACAUUCGCAUACCACUCAACUAUCACAACCCACAGAACAGGAAAAGGCCAGCUGUAUCCCUAAUGCUUACAGAGAGGCAAAAAUAUGCAGCAAGAUGCAUGGGAGAAAAAUAUUAGACUACUUUCCUUUUGUUUAUCUGGAGCAGGGUAUAAAAUAAUAUCAAAAGUUCAAGCCAAAAUUUUACCACUCCUCCUAAAAUAAAGGAGUUGUCCCCAAAUGGGGCGAUUUGCUCACAGAAAACCAAGCCAGUCUUGCUUGCUGUCACCUCUCCUAUAGCCCUAGGCAACCCUGGAGCAGGAGAGAAACUUGGUUCAGACAGUGGACUCUAAAAUAGAAAUUCCUAGAUUGGCAUCUCAGAAUGCCUGUGACAUACCCACCUGCUCUCUGGACCCAGCCAGUUCCUGAUGGCAUGAAGCAUGAGGUUAAUGGUGUUAUUAAACUUCCCAGGUCCUAAAGCUGACAGGCAGAGUCAGCGAAGCAGAGUACGUGUCCAGGGCCUCGGGGAUGGGGCUGUGUCUCAGCUCCACAGAUGAGGAAGAAUGUCUGAAGCCUCUUAGUGUUAUGAAAAGAGGCAAGAACUGUUUUAUAUUCAAGGAACAUGGUUCUCAACGCCUUUCACGGUGUCACCUGACAGUGACCAUUAGAGUUUAUGUUAGAGUGAAGACAUGAAUCAGGUGGUUUGGAGGCCUUUCAGCAAAACACAGCUGCCUCGAUGAUUAAAUUUUGGUAACAUUAACAUACACCUGCUCCUGGCCAGAGCAAGUUGACCGACUCCCCUAUGACCACCACUUCCCACAUCUUUUAAAUGCCUCUUUGACCUGAAGUGAAGUUAGAUAGGGCCUACAAAAGAAGGUUAUCCAGACCCAGACCACCUUAACAGAAAAUUGGUCACAGAAGAGAAAACUGUUAGAGCUGCUGACCAAACGGAGGGGAAGAUGGAGUAUGAAGUAUUCUAUUGAGAUCGUUGCAUUGGAGCAUUUGAUAGGGCCUGAGACUUGUCUGAAUGAAGCAUGUAGGGGAAUUUCAGUGGCUUACACACACACACCUGUCCUAAAAAAAAUUUAAAGCUAACCAUCCUCAACUCCCUUGCCUCCUUCACAACAUUUUCUUCAAUUAGCAGGCAAGACCUUCCCAUUAAGAGAGAGUUGGUAGAAAAAUACAAAAAUCAAAAGAGGGGGAAGAAAAAAAAAUCAUUUACUUGUAGUAGGAUUUCUAAGGAAGCAACUGAAAGGUAUCUUUAAUGUGCUUACAAAUAGCAGACUUUUUAAACAAUUGCUAGACUUUAUACAUGUCCUGGGUUGAAAAUCGCACGUUAAGAAGGACUCCGGAAAGAAAGGUACUUGUGCCUUGCCCCAGUGUCUGUCUGAGUUUAGUUCACUGCCUCUGGAUCUCUGUGAUCCUUUUUAAUCUCACAGCUCCAUAUUCCUUAAAAUACAUAGCUACCAAGAAAAGCAAUAAAGGAAAUACAGCCAGCUCAGAUCCAGCACAUACGAUUGCACCUUUGAAAUAUUUCUUUCAUGGCACUGGGCACCUUGGGUCCACACAGGCUGUGGUGCCUCAGCCACAGGAGGACACGGACUUCUGUGGAAUCACAGAUGUACUCACGCUCGCUACAUCUGGAAGUAGCUUGCUCUUCACCUAGACCUCCCAGACAGCAUGCAUCCACUUGUCUUUCUCAUACGUAGACAAUCAGCCUCAAGCCGAACUACCUGAAUGGCACCAAAGUCUUUAAUCUUGCUUGUGAUCUUAAGAAAAGAGUGGGAGAGGGGGCCACACAAAAGACAGACAAAUCUAACCAGCUUUUGAGAGGCCAAGCUAUUCCUGAAAGCUUAGGCAGCUGGGCUCAAGUUAGUGUACAGCGUAUAGUGAGGGACUGAAGGGAGAAGCCUAUUGCCCGAGCCAAAGCACUUUUUCCGAAAGACUGAUGGGCUGGACUGGAAAAUUAAUAAAUACCAAAGGAUGAAAGAGUGCAGGACUGAUUUCAGUAGGGGAAUCUAUCUGCUGGUCAGUAAAGUACAAAGGACCACCAGUCGUAAAGCAUCAUGGGAUAUCAGCAAAGAGUUCUUAGUGUAACCAAGGUCAGUGUUUAACAGUGACAGAAAGGUCCCCAUCUGGCUUAACCCUAAGACCUUCCAGCUGAUGACUUCACCUGGGUUGUUUGUUUGUUUGUUUGUUUGGCUGCCCCCUCCCUUGUGGUAGAAAACAACAGCUUUUGGGCACUUUUUCAUCUUUAUCCAUGGCAUGGUUGGAAGUUUCCACUGUGGGACCCUCUACCUAUUCUCAUCAGAAGCGUCCUUAAAUAUAUUUUGUUGUUUGGGUAGUUUCUUCUUCUUCUUCUUCUUCUUCUUCUUCUUCUUCUUUUUCUUCUUCUUCUUCUUCUUCUUCUCCUCCUCCUCCUCCUCCUCCUCCUCCUCUUCCUCCUCCUCUUCCUCCUCCUCCACCUCCUCCUCCUUCUCCUCCUCCUCCUCCUCCUCCUCCUUCGCCUCUUCCUUCUCCUCCUCUUCUUCUCCUUCAUCCUCUUCCUCCUUUUUCUCCUCUUUCUCUUCUUCCUUCUCCUCUUUCUCCUCCUCCUUUUUCUCUUCUUCCUUUUUUUUUUCCUGCUGCUGUCACUGUUUUCCCAAAACAACUUUUCUGUGCAUGACUGCUCCCUGGAAGAGUCCCUUCUAAUUGCUGUUGAAUGGCAGGCAGAACCCAUAACUGCAGAGAAGCACAAUAAUACAAAUGCCUUCCAAGGACCAGCAGACUUGAAUAAGGGACCAAUGGGGACUGGUUGUCUGGUGUCCAGAAGAACAUGGGGCACAGCAUUAUCAUAGAGCACAGGUGAGAUCAAGGUCACAGCUCUUCCUGCAUCUUUGUUCCAUAGUCCCAAAGCUAAAAAGGAAAGGAGCCAGUUAGAUCGUUCCCAGACUCUGGGUUUGCUUGCACUGAGACCAAGAGGAAGUAACAUUUUCAUUUCACAUGGGAAGUCAGAGAAAGGGUUGGAGCACCUCUUGUUCUGAGUCCCACCAUGUCUUUACUUCCUCCUGCAGUAGGUGAUAGAAACAGAAAGGUCACUUCCUGACCAGGAAACUGGUCACCAAAAAAUUUUCUUUUCCGUCACAAUUUCUUUACAAUAGAUAUAUAUAUAAGGAAGGAAGGCCUUGGACACUGACAAGUCUCUUAAAUACUCAGCUUGCCAAAAGAGAGUACUGAUUUUCUUAACUCAUGUUAUAUACACACAAACAAGAAAAAAGUGAAAUAAGUCCGAAUCUGAGAAUAAGAUCAUUUCCAGAAUGAAAUUGCAUGCACAAAUCGAGGGCAGAUGAUUCCUUGCCAGUCAAUUCAGUGAGUCUCCAAUUCUUAUCAUCAGAUAACGCUGAAGGACAAUGGAUGCCUUUUGGGUUUUUUAAUUUUUUUAAUAUUGCACUUUAUAGUAUUUCAUAAGAGACAAUUGUCUUAAUUAAAGCCAUAAAAUACCAAUAAUGCAUAUAUUCAGGGCUUCUGAAUAUAGUCAAUAAACAGUCCACGAGUCAUUCUAUGUAUUGUUCAUUGUAAAAUGAAGUUUCUCUGUUCUGUUUUUUAUUGCUUACAACUACUGUUAUAGACAACCCUAGUCUACUAAUAAAUUUUAGGUGUAUAUUUUAAUGAAACUUUGAAAAUCAAAGAAAUUACUCGUUUCAUGGAAGCACUCUUCAUUUUCAAAGUAGCUCGCUGCAUGGUUUCUUUAAAUAGCAAGUUGCACUAUUACACUGAAAAUGUUUCCUUUUAAAAAAUCCUAGGUUAUUUUUCCAGGAGUCCAUUUGCUAUGUUAAGCAAGAUUCACCCACGUGGAGAUUAAAGUGAAUGAUUAGCAAAUAUGUGUGGAAAAAUUGGGGUGUUUUGUGAUUUUAUGUAAUUAUAUGAUGGGUCUAAGAAGUUCCCUUAUAAAAAUGGCAAUACACAACCUGUUGAUAAUAUACCUAAUUUUGUAUAUGUCCCUGGGAGGACAAGUGAAAACAACAGCCUUAUGGUGCAGUGGGUGGUUAAUUUCCUCUUCUGUUAAGAUACAGUUUCUGACUGGGCGUGGUGGGUUGUUCACAUACUUAUAUGCAUAGAUGUUCUCACGAAUAACCUUUAAUGUUUUGCUUUGUAAUACAGUUGGAGUGAGAGCUAAGAUAAUGACUGAAAGGCACAUAAUGGCCCAGAACAAUGCACCACAAAAGGUAUUUAAGUCAACUACAUAAGACCACAUGUAUUAAAUUAAGCAACCUCAUCAGUCUUAGGCCUAAACAGGCAAGUUGCCCUAAAGAAAAAUACCUGAAUGCAGAGUCGGUGAUGUUCCUCUAUCCCAGGCCAUGUGGAAACCCAAGGCUCUCAAAGAGUCAGACUAUCCAUCAAGAAUAGAGGGAGCUUCUGUUGUUGAACUCUGCACAGAAUCCACCAUGGCCCCUCUACCUAACGUUGUUUCUAUAAGUCUCCACAAGCAACAGCUUCCGUCUUCACAGUGCAAACACAGAGAGGUGCAUGAAAAAAUUACCACUGGUAAACCAGGCAUGACGGCACUCCUGCAAUCCCAGAAUUUAGGAGGUAGGUAGAGCAGGAGGAUCGGAAGCUCCUGGCCAGCUUUGGCUACAUGAGACCCCGUCUUAAAAAUAACUAAAAAGUAAGAUAAGCAACACUACCCUUCUGGUUCAGUGAAGACACUGCUAGCACUAAAGAAAAAAAUAAGUUAUGUGUUUAUUAUUUGCAUAUUUUUAAAUAUAAAAUAUCAUUGAUUUAUUUAUCUAAAAUAGAAUAGAUAUAUACCCUACAAAGUAUAACCUGUCUUUUAAGUGGUUUGUGUUUAAAAUAUCAAAAUGUAGUCAGGAUCUUCUGUUCUGAGCUACACAAUCAGUUACUGCCGCCCAUACCUUUUCACGCACAACAGAGCCUAUGACCCAGAUUUGGUCAGGAUAUUACACCCCAUAAACACAUACAAUCACUACGCCCAUCAAAAGAAUAAAACAAGUUUUAGCAUUUUUAAUGAAUCUAUCUUGGAAGAACCCAAAUAUAUUGGAAUGCCAUUUUUUGUGAAGGAUCUUUUUAGCCGAAGUCAGGGUCUCACACCGCCUUUGUUUGCCUGCAUUUUAAAGAAGGAUCUCAGCCCUCACCUUCACCCCUCAAGACUCCAGUGCAAAGCCAUUGUUGUCAUUUUGUGUGUUUGUUGUGAGCAGUUUUCGCCGGCUGGCUGGAUGUACAGCGACCCUGUGUCACUUAGGCUAGGACUCCGUCUGCACAUAACUGGAAUUCGGAUUGCACCUGUACAUAGGCUGUUUGGAGGGCUGGGCUUCAGUCAUGCGGUCUCACUCACCCUGAGAAAGGCCGUUCCUUCGUGUUCCACUGUCUGCCUCCUCAUGCUCGUACUACUGAUAACCAACUUACUGAAAUACACUUUGUGUAACUAAGUCCUCCUCAGUGUAAAAAUAAUAACAAUAAAACAAUUGACUCCAAAAA